UAAAGAAGCUCUGAUAUGAAAUGUUUUUACCUUAUAAUCAUCUUCCAGGCAGGUAUUGUAACAGAAGGAACUGAAGAUAAACUGGUGAUCGCACUGGAACCAGAAGCUGCUUCAGUCUGGUGUAAGAAGCUUCCAUCAAAUGGUUUCAUCACACAGAGCCAGAGCAGAGACGCUCUGGAUCAGACUCCAGGAACUCAGUACAUUGUUGUUGAUUGUGGAGGAGGAACCAUCGACAUCACAGUUCACAGAAUCCUUAUAGGAGGAGCUCUGAAGGAGCUGCACAAGGCCUCUGGAAACAACAUGGGAGGACAGACUGUGGACAGAAAGUUCAAAGAGUUCCUGAGGGAAAUAUUCUGUGAUGGAAUCUGGGAGGAAUAUGAAGAAAAUUAUCAGAGUGAUGUUCAAAAGAUGCUCUAUGAUUUUACCUUUCUCAAACGGGUAGAUGAUGAGAUUCUGAUCAGUUGUCCGUAUAAUCUGGGAAAACUGGCCCGGAAAAAGAAAGACAUUGAAAGGUUCUUUGAAUCAGUGGAUGGAGCUUCCUGGGAUGAUGGAUUCAUCAGAAUCUCCAGAGAGAAACUGAGGUCCUUCUUUGAUGAGAGUCUGCUGGGCAUCACUAAGAGCCUAAGGGAAAUAUUAAACAAAGAUCUCAGCAUUGAUUUCAUCCUGUUAGUGGGAGGUUAUGCAGAGAGCCAGAUACUCCGUCAGCACAUUAAUGAGCAGUUUGGAGAAGAUUAUAAAAUCCUGUGUCCUUUUAGACCCCAGGAAGUGAUCCUGAGAGGAGCUAUAGAGUUUGGAAGAAACCCAAAGAUGGUGACGUCUCGGAAAAGCCGUUUUACUUAUGGGGUAGCCGUGGUUAGAAGAUUUGAUGAGUCUACACAUAAACUAGAGAAGAAAUAUACAGCAGGUGGAAACGAUUGGUGUAAGGACAUUUUUAAAACACUGGUGCGUGAAGGUGAAGAUUUGGGCUGGGAUGAAACCAGAGAGCAUGAACUGAGUGCAGUAGAUUCUAAUCAGACGGGGAUGAGUGUUCGAUUGUUUAGGAGUGAAAGAAAAGAUCCACAAUAUGUAGAUGACUGGGGGGUAGAAGAAGUGGGUUCAUUAAUAGUUAAAUUCUCUGAUUCUAACAGCAGCAGAGAACGUAAAGUUAAGCUGGAGAUUAAGUUUGGCUCCACAGAGAUAACAGCUACAGGGACCGACAUGGGAACUGGAGAGGAAUAUACAGUUAAGUUUGAGUUUAAGACCUAAUAAAGUUUCUUUCUGUCCCAUUGAAGCUAAAAUGAAGACACAUUUCGAAGCCUGUUUUAUUUUACAGGCCAUAUAGUCAUUAUAGCUUAUUUAAAUAUCUGGAAUUGGUUUGCCUUUAAUUUCAGAUGUUUGUUUUUUCACUUUUAUAUAAUGAGGUUUUAUUGUAGAACAUUAUAUUGAAUUAUUAAAUUACUUUGAUUAUAACUUUGUCUCUUGUUUGCUGCAAUGUAUUAAUAAACCAUCAUUUUAAUCUUUGGAAAACUGUCUUUGGAUUAUUUUCUCCUUUUGGAAGAUUGGUUUGUCAAACGAGUGAAUCUCCAUUUCUUUGUUUAUUGUUGGUUACCAGGUUUUAUUAGUCAUUGAUUCCCAUAGGAGGCUACCUGUUAGUGUGAGCACAUCUAUGCACGUGGAUGAGUGUUUUUAUCAAAUUUUUCUCAAAGAUUAACUGAUGACCUGUCAAGGUGAACUUUAGCUCAUCCUGUGCUGCAGAUCCUCCACAGGUUAACUUCUGCUGGAACCAAACUGACAAUUAAGUUGUUAAGCACAUCUAGACACAUCUUUUUUAAAACAUUUUACUCCUUUUAUCUUUUGCCCAGUUGUAUUGAUUUGAUUGAGUAAAUGUUAUUUUUACAUAUGUUUUAGCUACUCUGUU